AUGGAAGAACAUUUCGAGCGAGUGCUGUCUGCAGAGGCCGCACCUAAGCGUUCACUAUCCUCGACAUUGCCUUCACCUGCUGUAAAACGAACUCGUUUAUCUGUUUCUAAUGCUGCACAAAUAAAAGCGAUUGUGGAUGGUGCCGAGGCGCAGGAGGGCGACGCAAUAGACGCCCGUGCACUUAAAUCCAUGACAAAUUCAUUGACGAAAUGCAUACGUCGCAAUGCGCUUGCUCGUGAAAAACACGCGGAUGAACCAACUAAGUUUCUUGAUUCAGAGCUGGCAUUAGAUUCCGAACUCACGCGAUGGAAGCAAGUGGCUGCAAAGCCAGAGGUCUUUUCUGUCAUGAUGGAACUACAGGUGCCACGCGUGCUUUUAGGACUGCUUACUCAUGAUAACUUUGAUAUUCGAUUAGCUGUUUUGGCUUUGCUGGCCGAAUUUACGGACGUGGAUGAUGCUGCUGCUUCACUAGAGCCUGCGAGGAUGUUGGUGAAGCACUUGGUGGACGAAAAGGUGGUUCCACUGCUGGUAACCAACUUGUACCAAUUAGAAGCUACAUUACGGAGGAAGGAAGAAGCUCAAAUGGACGAGGAGACGACGGGUAUUUAUCAUUCGUUUCAAAUUUUGGAAAACAUGGCAGAUUUGGAACCGGAGGUGUGUAUUCAGAUAGCGAAGACGUCAAUCUUUCCCUUUUUGCUAAAUCAAGUGGCUCCGGCGAUGAAGUUUACUGAAAACAAAUUAUAUGCAAGCGAAAUUUUGUCAAUUCUAUUGCAGUCAGGGGCUGAGUCGCGGGCAACGUUCGUGAGCUGGAUAGAGAAGGGUUGGCCGAGUGAAGAGUUGGAGAAGAAGAACAAAAAGGUGAAUUUGAUGGACGACUUACUUCAGGCACUUGCUCCAUAUAGAAAAAAGGAUCCAAGCAGUGAAGAAGAAGAGGAAUUUGCAAGCAACUUGGUCAAUGUGCUCUGUAGUGUGUUGCUAAUACCCGAAGCACAAAACCAGUUUCGCCGCCUAGAAGGACUUGAGCUUUUGCUCCGGUUUUUGAUGGACCGAAAGCGCUUUAUUUUUAGUAGUGCAUUGCGGGCUAUGGACCACACACUUAUGGGCAAUGCACGCAACUGUGAACGCUUAAUCGAGAUUGGCGGCCUGCGUUGCCUGUUUUCUGCUUUCAUGGGACGAUAUGGUAAGUAUAAGGCAAGUUACAAUACAAAGGCAAGCAAAGUGAGAGAUAGGACGAAAGAAGAAGAGAACACGAUCAGUAUAGUGGCAUCCUUAUGCGCAUGGGUGAGCGAGAAUGCCCCAGUUGAUGGGUUUGAACGUCUCCACGCAAAAUUUGUCGAGAACGACAUGGAAAAAAUGGAUCGAUUGGUGGAUCUGUUUGUCAAAUAUCACAAACGUGUAGAGCGAAGUACUCAGAAUGAGGAUGGAGAAGAGGACGAAGAGGGUAGAUACUUGCGCCGACUAGAUGCAGGCCUGUUCGUUUUGGAGCGGACUGCCUUCGUGAUUGCACACUUAUGUCGCUUUUCUAAGAAAUUGCAGGCUUACGUAAUGGUAAAAUUUCAUGAGCGCAGUGUUGACAGCGAAAGUUUGACGAUUGUUCUACGGGAGCAGCUGGAUCUACUUGUUGCUGAUGACGCUAUCAAGCAGGAAGCUGAACAAGAUAUUUUGAAAGAGGUGAAGGAUAUUGUGAAUACUAAAGCCAAGGAAGCGCAAAUAACGCAGCUUCGACAGCUGUUAGAAAAUCUUCAGGCCGAUACAUUACCGACAGUAUAUGGAAACGAGGAUCCUGUAGAGACUGUCAAACCAUCUCAACUAAUUGAUGGGACAUUAGAGGAAGGCGACAAUUCAAAGAGUGGAGUUUUGUUGUCUUCGUAA